GAAAAGAAAAGACUAGCACACUAAGGUAGCCAUAGCAUAGCAGAGAUCGACAUAACAUAGCCAGCAACAUCAAUAUCAUCGACAGACAACAAUUUCGGGAAUCCGCUGGCUAUGACUGCAGUUGUGGUCGUCCCAUUGGGCCUUCUCUUCUUCGCUUCCGGCCUCAUCGUUAACCUCAUUCAGGCAAUAUGCUACGUGGUUGUGCGGCCGGUGUCAAAGAAUUUGUACCGGCGGAUGAACAGGGUGGUGGCUGAACUGCUGUGGCUGGAGCUCGUUUGGAUUAUUGAUUGGUGGGCUGGUGUUAAGGUCCAAGUAUUCACAGAUCCUGAAACCUUUCAUUCAAUGGGUAAAGAGCAUGCUCUUGUCAUAUCCAAUCACAGAAGUGACAUUGAUUGGCUUGUUGGAUGGGUUUUAGCUCAGCGUUCAGGUUGCCUUGGCAGCACACUUGCUGUGAUGAAGAAAUCUUCAAAGUUUCUACCGGUCAUUGGUUGGUCAAUGUGGUUUUCUGAAUAUCUUUUCCUGGAGAGAAGUUGGGCCAAGGAUGAACGCACAUUAAAGUCAGGCCUACAGCAACUGAGGGAUUUCCCUCUUCCCUUUUGGUUGGCUCUCUUUGUAGAAGGAACUCGCUUUACCCAGGCCAAACUAUUAGCUGCUCAGGAGUAUGCAGCCUCAGCUGGAUUGCCUGUUCCAAGAAAUGUUUUGAUUCCAAGAACUAAGGGUUUUGUUUCAGCAGUAAACCAUAUGCGCUCGUUUGUUCCUGCCAUUUAUGAUGUAACUGUGGCAAUUCCCAAGAGUUCACCUGCUCCUACAAUGCUAAGACUCUUCAGAGGGAAAUCUUCAUUGGUGCAUGUGCAUAUUAAGCGGCAUGCGAUGAAGGAUUUGCCAGAAGAAGAUGAAGCUGUUGCUCAAUGGUGUCGAGAUGUGUUUGUGGCUAAGGAUGCAUUGUUAGACAAACAUAUAGCUGAGGACACAUUUAGUGAUCAAGAGCUGCAGGAUACUGGUCGACCCAUAAAGUCUCUUGUGGUUGUCAUAUUGUGGGCUUGUGUCGUUGUUACGGGGGUCGUAAAGUUCCUCCAAUGGUCUUCACUACUAUCCUCCUGGAAGGGUGUUGCAUUUUCAGCAUUUGGUUUGGGAGUUGUCACUCUACUCAUGCACAUCUUGAUCAUGUUCUCACAAUCUGAGCGUUCAACCCCUUCCAAGGUUGCCCCUACAAAAAAGUCCAAGAAUAGCGAACAACUGGAAGCUAGGGAUAACAAACAAGACUAGAUCACACACGUUACCUGAAUAUUCUAUACAUAAGAGAAUUCUUCUGAGGUCACAUCUUGAACUUGUUUUGCAUUUAUGUGCUUUUUUUUAUAAAAAAAAUUGCAUUAACGUGUGUUUAGGGACUCACUACCCCCUUUCUUUAUUUGUUUGCUUUGGAAUUGUACCUCGUAUGUGUUCAGUUCUUGUAUUAUGUAUUAUGCAUAUACUAUUCAUUACUUUCAAAUUAAUUAGGAUGAAUUUGUAUAGACUAAUAUAUAGGAAUGGCGUACAAAAAUCCUACCUAACAUCGCAGUUUUUUAGGGACUUGUACACUUUCUGGUAUUGGACUAUUAAUUUUGUGGUUAUUUCUUGCUCUC